AUGGCAACUCACGCUGUGUCUACGUACACUCCAAAGGACGUCCCUUCUCCACCAGUGCCUUCGGCCACUUACUUCUCGGAGCUGCAGUGGAAGACCCUUUAUGCGCUAGCUGACGCAGUUGUGCCCUCCAUCCACACUGCAGCAACUGUCAAGUCAUCAAAUGACCGGGUGGUUUCAGAUGCGGAGUGGAAUUCUGCCGUGUCAAGCUUGUCAUCCAACAUUUCUGGACCCGACGCCGUAAAUAUUGCUACCCAAUAUCUGCAAGAAAAUGUUUCCGAGAACCCGAUAUUCCGGGCCACAGUGGAGCGAAUUUUGGGGAACCAUGUGCAUGAUGAGGGAAGGAAUGGGUUUGGGAUGAUCAUGUCAGCGCUCAACACCCGUGCCGGCUCCCUGAUUAUGACGGGGUCUAUCACUCCGAUCCAGGACCAACCGGUGGAAUUCCGGGAAAAGGUCCUACGUGGAUGGGACACCUCUCGAUUGCCCCCUCUCCGCGCCAUCUAUCGAGGACUCACUGCCAUGGUUAAGAAGUGUUGGGUUAGCAGCAGUCCAACCAUAGGCCCAGUCCUCGGGUUCCCACGUAUCCCUGUUCAUGGCCAACCCGCCGACGGUUUCCAGUAUGAGUUCUUACAAUUUACUCCUGGGGACAAGCCAGAAACGAUUGAAACCGACGUCGUUAUCGUCGGAAGUGGCUGCGGCGGCAGCGUGGCUGCAAAGAACCUAGCCGAAGCGGGUCUUCGGGUGCUAGUUGUGGAAAAAUCCUAUUCCUAUCCGACCGACACCUUUCCCAUGACCCCGAGUGAUGGAUUUACUAACAUGUUUGAGAACGGCGGUGCUGUCUCCACUGAUGAUGGCUCAAUGGCAGUCCUAGCAGGCUCAACGUGGGGUGGCGGUGGUACCAUUAACUGGUCGGCAUCUCUACAGACCCAGGGGUACGUCCGACAGGAAUGGGCAGAUACUGGUCUUCCUUUUUUCACCUCCCUCGACUUCCAGAAAAGUUUGGACCGUGUCUGUGAGCGCAUGGGUGUUAACGAGGACCACGUUGAGCAUAACCGUCAGAAUAGGGUGAUUCUUGACGGCGCAAGGAAACUGGGGUAUGCUGCCAAAACAGUGCCCCAAAACACGGGUCACGGUAAGCACUACUGUGGGUAUUGCACGUUGGGAUGUGCCUCAGGUGGAAAGAAAGGUCCAACGGAGUCAUUCCUUAUGGACGCGGCCCAGGCCGGUGCGAAAUUCAUGGAAGGAUUCUGUGCCGAAAAAGUGCUAUUCACCAACGUCAAGGGCAGAAAGGUGGCUUCUGGCGUGAAAGGAACAUGGAAGUCGCGUGAUUCAUACUUGGGUCUCAGUGGUACCCAGGCCGUGGAGCGUAAGGUGAUCAUCAAGGCUAAGAAAGUAGUUGUAUCAGCUGGCACAUUGCAAAGCCCUCUUUUGCUACUGCGUAGUGGCUUGAAGAAUUCCCAGAUUGGUCGAAACCUUUAUCUUCACCCUGUUAUGGCAGCUGGUGCUGUCUUUGAUGAGGAGACCCGUCCCUGGGAAGGCUCUGCACUGACAACGGUUGUCAAUGAGUUUGAGGACCUUGAUGGAGCUGGACACGGCGUAAAGAUUGAAUCUCUCUCAAUGAUGCCCUCCUUGUUUAUUCCCAUCUUCCCAUGGCGAGACUCAUUGGAGUAUAAGCUGUGGGCAGCCAAGCUGCGUCGCAGCACUGGCUUCAUCACCUUAACUAAAGACCGCGAUUCCGGUCGUGUUUACCCUGAUCCCGUUGAUGGACGGUGCCGGAUUGAUUACACCGUCUCCGCCUUUGACCGAAAACACAUUGUGGAGGCCAUCAUUGCUAGCGCCAAGAUUGCGUAUAUCACAGGCGCCAAAGAGUUCCAUACCGCGUACCGCGACCUUCCCCCAUUCAUCCGGCCAGAUGCUUCGGACCCCGAGGCCCCUGAAGGCAUCAACGAUGCGGCCCUGCAGAGUUGGAUUGCGGAGCUUCGUGGGAAGUCCCCUUUGAACGUGGAGCGUGGUUUGUUUGCCAGCGCACACCAAAUGGGUACCUGCCGCAUGAGCAAGUCACCUAAAUUAGGUGUUGUGGACCCAGAUUGCCAAGUCUGGGGCACUGACGGAUUAUAUGUUGUGGAUGCGUCUGUGUUCCCUAGUGCUAGCGGCGUGAACCCAAUGAUCACCAACAUGGCGAUCGCCGACUGGGCUAGCCGAAACCUCGCGCGGGCGAUGGGAACGGUACGAGGUGAAGGCAGUGUGAUGGCUCGUCUGUGA